GAGGAGGAGGAAGAGGAGCAACCGCAGUGGACGAAGGAAUACUUCCUCAUUGGAACACUUUCUUUAUCUUCCUUGGGGAGGCCUCUUCCAAAAGAAGGAGAUGAACAUGCUGUCCAACCAGAUGCUCAGAACCUCCCAGGAGCCCCUCCAGUCCGUCCAGGACUUGGCCCGCUGCCCCCCAGCUUUGGCCUCCCGCCUGAGCCUCCAGGGGGGGUCGCGCUCCUCCAAAGUUCCCCCAAAGGAACUGUGCCCAGAGGAGCAGCAGGAGCUGAGGAGGAAGAUCAACAGCCGGGAGAGGAAGAGAAUGCAGGACUUGAACGUGGCUAUGGACGCCCUGAGGGAGGUGAUGGUCCCGUACGCCGCCUCGCCCUCCUCGGCUUCAUGUGCGCCCCCCCAUCAUCUGGGCGCCCCUCCAGGACGCAGGCUCUCCAAAAUCUCCACACUGGUUCUGGCCCGGAAUUACAUCCUACUGCUGGGGUCGUCUCUGCACGAGAUGAGGCGACUGCUGGGCGAGCUGAGUGCAGGUGCGGGGCCGGGCCUGGGCCCCCGGCUGCUGCUGACGGGGGGCUGGCCCCUUGUCUCGGGGUCCGGUCAGCUCCUCCUCGCCCGGGAGUCCUUUGCCGCCUCGUCCUCCUCCUCCCCCCCUGCCCUGAAGUGUCCCCUGCUGUCCACCAUGGAAGCGCCGCUGGCCCCUGUGCGGUGGGCAUCAGGGGGGCCCUCGGGGGUGCCCCUGUGCCCGUGCAGCGUGUGCAGACUGCCUAGGUUCAGCCCCCCCGCCUCCCCUCCGAGAUUUCCAAAGUGACAUUGCUUAUGAGACUUUUUUCAUUCUUUUUUUAACUCAUGAAAUAAAGUUGACUUAGCUGCUAACGCUAGUUGAUGCUAACAAAGUGCUCUCUAACAAACCUUAAACGUCAAGUUACAAACUUUUUGAUGAGGUCACUAACGGGCAUCCUUGUCACCUUUGAGACACUAUAGUGGUCCUGAAGUCCUCCCCUCCAAACCAGCAAAAGAUAAAAAACGGGCUUGGUGUAAUUCCGUCUUUUUGUUCUUGCUCUUUCUCUGUGUGAUUGGCGGCUCCUCGUUGCACACGCCACACAAUGCGUUCAAACGGACAGAAAAUGCGGCGCUGAAUGGCAAACUCGCUGCCAGGAUGAGAGGCGGCCAUUGAGGGCGGGUCCUCGAGGUGAUGGACCAGGCCGAGUGCUUUGGGAGGAUUACAUAUGUGAAAGGAGCGACGCCGUUAGCGUGAGCGCCCAUAAAGGACACACUGGUCACCAUUAAGGGAGAUUACGUCAAAUAAGGCGUGAGGAGGAGGAGGGGGGCGGAGCUUAUUGAUGGAUCAAAGAGACAUGCUGAAACGUGUCCCGGCUCAUUUGCAUAAAGCUGCUUUAUGUCGCUACACGGAUUAGCUACCUUGCUACUUUACACACUCUGCUACCUUUAACACCCCCUCCCCUCCCCAACCCCCCAGUCUUGAGUGCCCCUCCAAGAGGUUCUCGCUUUCUGCUGCCUGCUGGCCUCAUUGUUGCAGCGUCGCAGGGGUCUGCACACGCUUUGUCUUUGCACUUUAACUCAUCUCCUUUCACGCACUCAUGCACACACACGCACACACACACACACACACACGCACACACACACAGACACACGCACACACACAUGUGCCUUGAACGGAGCAGCUGAUUUUCUUUCUCGUUUCACUUUCAACACGUCUUCCUCUUUUCUCCCAUUAGAUAAAGUCAACUAAAGUGUAAUUAAAGUGUAAUUAGUGUAAAGCGUAAUUACCGUUAUGAGAGUGUACAAGUGUGACUAAAGUGUGACUAAAGUGUGACUAAAGUGUGAAGUGGAACUCCAGUAGUGUCAUGGAAGUGUCGCUAAAGAGUGACUAACGUGUGUCAAUAAGCUAAAAAGACGGCAUAAAAUGAAAUAAAGUUUUGUAGUCAUGAAAAAAAUAGAUGAUCUUUCUAUUCUUGUUUUUCCUGCUCAUAG